UGAUAAAAUGAACCCGGAAACAGGAUUAAUGUGACUGUUCUAUUCCGGCCUCCAACGGCAUCAAAUUUUUGAUCGUCGAGCCUAUGGAGGAGUUAUUCCAAUGUAAUCUAAAAAGAAAUCAAUGUUGACCAUACUGCGAAGGACAAUUUUGGCAAGGCAGUCCGAUCGCAUAAUAUUGAUCGCAAGUUUCAUUGCGUGUAGUAUCUUUCUUGCUUUGUUCGCUAUGUGUUUUGUGUUUAGUCUUCCGGCGUAGAGUGGGAUGUCAUGGCCGGCGAAUUUAUUUGGUGUUUGAAGUAUCGCGUUAUAUUUGUAAUCGGUUUUUUCGGGUGCCCGUAUGUGCCAACUUGAGAUGCUUAUGCAUACUAUGCAGGUCAGAAAUAUUGUGGACAGAAGAAUUGGGCGACUUGUUUAGCGAGUGCACUUUUUCGCUACCACAGAUCGUCAAGUGAAUUUCGGAUAAAGUGCUAAAAGCAGCUAAGCUCUUCAGUCAGUUGAAGUUUCAUUAGUCCCUGGGGCCAAAAUUUGAGGAGUUCAUCAAAUGGUUUUAACUACAAGAUAAUUGCUUUUCAACUGAAUUGAGGAAAUGUAAAUUGUUGUCAAUGUGGCUGGAGCACUGGCAAUUACUGUUUCUCGAGGUAGAUCUGUUCAAGAAAAAGUUACUCAAGUUAAUUUUGUAAUGGAAGUAACUGAGUGAAUAAUGUCGUAAUCUUUUGACAGUGCACAAUGGCUAACUGCAGUUUCUUAAUAAAUGGUAACAUGAACAUUGCUUAAUUCGAAUGUGUGACAAGAUAUUAUUUGGGUACAUGCCUGAAGAAGAAUGUAAUCUGAUGACUGCCAUUACCUGCAUUGAUGAAGCUCUUGCACCUGUCGUCUGCAGAAUGGUGGAAUUUUUUUCACAAAAAUAACUGGUGGUGGAAUAUUGAUGUACCAUGAUCCAAAGGAACUUCUAAGUAAUUCCUAAUAUUGAUACGGAGCAAUGAAGGCAGUCAUAUCAAGUAUGAAGCAGAGACAACAUAGUAUGAUGAAAUAAGUGGUUUUUAUUCAGAAAGCUGUAUAAUUUGAAGACUAUCUGUAUUUGCUAAUUGCAUUAAUUACCGAAAGCACAAACUGCUCUGUAGCCCUGCAUUCAUGAUGAUGGCGGAUGAGAGCACCGGUCGCGGCACAGUGUACUUUGAGGUACACGUUGCUAUCAAUUUUGUCACAUCUUUCAUGAACAAGGUUGUCCCACAAGGCCGAGUAAAAAUUUUUGGUGAGGCUCUUGCAAGGGCAUUAAUGAACAAAUAUGAAGGGCAUUGGUUCCCAGAGAGCCCUCUAAAGGGCUCAGCAUAUCGUUGUUUUGAAUUUGGGGCCUAUAUUGAGCCUGAGCUGAAAUUUGCUGCUAGGCAGGCAGGACUACGUUGUCGAGAAGUAUUGAUGUGUGUUCCCUCAGAAAUGUCAAUUUGGGUGGAUCCAGGGACAGUAAGCUACCGUAUAGGUAUUGAGGGCCCUGUGAAACCCGUGCUCAAUGAAUCUGGAUGUGUUGUUACAUGUUUCUUUGAUCCUGAUGUGGAAGAUCCUGAACCUGACCCACCUGGUAACUCAAAAGCUGUAAGCUCUUGUGAGGAAACAGAAACUGUGGAAAAGAGCAGACCACGAAAAUUUACUCCAAAGCGUGGAAAGGCCAAGCUGUCAGUAGCAUAUGAAGAUGACUUAAAAUUUGUUGCUAAGAAUGGCGGUCUUGACUCAGCGACAGACUAUGAUGACCUUGAGCCCCUUGAGCCAUAUUUCACUGCUGAAGACAUGAAGUCUGGAAUUUUAUGUGAAGAUGAAGAACUUACCAGUAAUCAGUUGAAAUCUUCUGAUGAACCUGCAUACGGCAACAGUCGCCGCAGACGUUCUAGGAGGUCAAAAAAAAAAUCACCAAAUAAACCCGGUAACAGUAAUGGGAAUAGAGGCCGAAACAGUGGUAAGAGGAGACAGAGCAAUGACAGUAAUAAUAAUAGUAAAAUCUGCAGUAAUAAUUAUCAAAACAGCAGUGGUUCGGCCAGUGGCAGUGGUAGCAGCAGUGGUGCAAGUAGCAGUGGUACGAGCAUUGGUGGCAGUACUACCAGUACCAGCGCUAGCAGCAGUGGCACCAGCACAAGUGGCACCAGCUGCAGCAGCAGCAGCAGCAGCAGCAGCAGUGGCGGUAGCAGCAGUGGCGGUAGCAGCAGUGGCAGCAGUGGCGGUGCCAGCAGCAGCAGUAGCAGCAGCAUCACCAGCAGCAGCAGCCUCACCAGCAGUAGCAGCAGCAGCUGUGGUGCCAACAGUGGCAGCAACGUAAAUAGGAGUACUGCCGUGAGCAGUGGAAGAAACAACAGGGGCAGAAACAACAGGGGCGGAAGCAGUAACAGCAACGGGUGAUGUUGAUUAAAGGCAGCAACAGAUGAGUGAUGGAUGAUUUUAGAACACUGGAUUUGACCUGUUCACUAUAUGUGCAUUGUCAGUAUUGCAGCUGUGUGUAUGGGACACCAAACAACCUACAGCAAGUAGUGUCUUGUCCCCCACAGCCACCUUUCACAGCUAGAGCAAGUUGCUUAGUGUGUCCUCAAGUCAGUGGAACAAAUAUUAAAAUGAACAUAAUGUGUCCCUUGUGUCCUAUACAUGACAUAAUCACGUAAUGGGAAAUCAAAUGAGGUAUGUGCGGUGUGCAACCUGACACCUUGUAAGUCAGUUGCAGUGGGAGUAUCAUUGUCAGUGCCAUUGACAUGCAUAACUUUGUUUGUAGAAGUACAUCCAGUACACCAUACAGUGCAACUGUGAACAUUGUUUGCUAGUUUACAUGUGAUUAAAAUGAUAUAUACAAAAAUGUGUCUAUUGAGACUGAUACCAUUAAAUGUUUCCCAUAAGUGUUAUGUAGCUAAAUUAUUUUUUCCAGUAACUGAAACUGUGUUGUAUUCAACAGUUCAUUUUAUUUCAUACAUCCAGUUUUUUUUUUUUUUUUAGUUCUGAGGGCAACAGCUUAGUUGGUUCUAAGCAAUUAUAAAUUCUUUUACAUUAAGAAGAGCCCAUUCAUUUUCUUUUGAAUAUACAGCAAAAGUAUUUUUUAAAAAGUAUACUUUGAGCUGCAUAUGUUGUUGUUACAUUUGUGAAUACACGUGUUUAGCUUUGUGGCCAAUGUAUGAUGUUUAUUCGGAACUACUGCUAAUAAAUAUUUAAUGCAUGUAGAUAAAUGUGUUUUCGCAGUUGUUGUGGCUAAACAUACAACAGUUUCAAUGAAUCAGUGGGUCUGUACUCAGAAACUUCUAUGUUAUCAGUUACCAUUCCAUAUCCUCUAAAAUGUUGAAAUUUGUGUCUUUUACUGUAUUGAUGUUCAUUGAUGUGUCUCUUACAUGUAAUUGGUGUUAGUUCCAUACUAUGCUAUGCAGAAUGUUGAUGAUUGUUAACACAAAAGUCAUUGGCAGCACAGAUUCUGUGAGAAUUAACAGUUUAUAGUUAUAAGUACCACUAACAGUUUGACAUAGCUGUUUUUUUUUCAAUGAUCUUGUGCUGUCUGCCUUUUGUUGAAGAACAGAACUUGAUGGCAGACUGUGGAAUUAUUCUGAUUUGCUUGUGAUGGAAUACUGUCUAUUUCUGCUGUUAAAAGGA